GCAAAAAUGACCCUACAGAGAAAGCAAAUAUAAAAAGUUCUCAGAACUCAAAAACACAAAAACAGUUUUCACAUUUUAUUACCAAUGAGAAAAUCACUCUUUGGCAAAUCUUUCCACGCAGGCUCUCAUGAUUCCUCUCUUUCUCGCUCUCCUCCUUCCUCUUCAUGUCUCUGCCUCAGAUUCUGUCUAUGAAACAUUUGUCCAAUGCCUAUCAAACCAAACCAACCUACCAGAACAAGUUUCCAAUAUAGUAUACUCUCAGACCAACCCUUCCUACACAACCGUACUUCGAGCCUACAUUAGAAACUCCCGGUUCAACACUUCAACCACUCCAAAACCCACAAUCAUUGUGACCCCAACACAAGAAUCCCAUGUUCAAGCCACAGUGAUUUGUACCAAAAACAUUGGGAUUCAACUCAAAAUCCGAAGUGGUGGCCAUGACUAUGAGGGUAUCUCUUACAUCUCAGAUGUCCCCUUUAUAAUCCUAGACGUGUUCAAUCUUCGAUCCAUCACUAUCAAUCUUCAGGAACAAACCGCUUGGAUUGAAUCUGGUGCCACACUUGGAGAAUUUUACUACAGAAUUUGGGAGAAGAGCAAAGUUCUCGGCUUCCCUGCUAGUGUUUGUCCCACUGUUGGUAUCGGUGGCCACAUAAGUGGUGGAGGGUACGGCAAUAUGUUGCGUAAACAUGGGUUGUCGGUGGAUCAUGUUCUUGAUGCAAAGCUAGUUGAUGUGAAUGGAAAGAUUCUUGAUAAGGAGUCAAUGGGGGAAGAUUUGUUUUGGGCUAUUAGAGGAGGAGGAGGAGCAAGUUUUGGAGUCAUACUUUCUUACAAAAUUAAGUUGAUUCCGGUACCGGAAACUGUUUCGGUUUUUCGUAUUGAGAGGACUUUAGAUGAAGAGGAGAAUGUUACUGACAUUGUCUAUAAGUGGCAACAGGUUGCUCCUACGACAGAUGACAACCUUUGGAUGAGGAUGUUGAUACAGCCUGUGAGUUCUAAAGUGAACAAGGGGGAGAAGACUAUUAUAGUCUCAAUUUUGACAAUGUUUCUUGGAAAUGCUCAGGAACUUGUGGCAUUGUUGGAUAAGGAUUUUCCUGAAUUGGGUUUGAAGAAGGAAGGUGUGAUGGAAAUGAGUUGGAUUGAAUCAGUUGUUUGGUGGGCUAAUUACGACAAUGGGACAUCCCCAUCUGUGUUGCUUGAUAGAAAUCCUGACACGGCGAAUUUCUUGAAGAGGAAAUCGGAUUAUGUGCAGACCCCAAUUUCGAAAGAUGGGUUGGAAUGGUUAUGGAAGAGGAUGAUUGAGCUUGGGAAAACCGGGUUGGUUUUCAAUCCGUAUGGCGGAAAAAUGAAUGAGAUCCCUGCUUCUGCUACUGCUUUUCCACACCGUGCUGGAAAUUUGUUUAAAAUCCAGUACUUUGUGAAUUGGGAUGAAGAGGGAAUUGAGUUAGAAAAGAAUUACACAGCUCAGAUAAGGAGGCUUUAUAGUUACAUGACUCCAUUUGUGUCCAAGAACCCAAGAAGUGCAUUUUUCAACUAUAGGGACCUUGACAUUGGUAUCAACAACAAUGACAAGAACAGCUAUGAAGAAGGAGAAGUUUAUGGGGUCAAGUACUUCAACGACAACUUCCAUAGGUUGGUGAAGGUGAAGACUGCAGUUGAUCCACAUAAUUUCUUCAGGAAUGAACAGAGCAUUCCUACUAAUCCAAGUAAGGCAUAGGGUUGGGAGACUUUAUUGUCACACCGAUUGCUGUAUUAUUGUACUUUUCAGCAUAAUUCAGAUGAUUUGUAUUACGUUGUUCCCUCUAUGCGUUACGAUAGUUUAGUGAAAAUCUGAAAUGUGUAUUUGUAAUAAAUUGUCAAUCUGAAAUUUGCUGUUUUCUUUGUUUUUUCUUUGUGGUUUUUACCCUCCUUAUUAUGAGGCAUGAUUUGUAUCAAUCCCUUUUACUUGAACGUGGUCAUUUGGAAACCAUACAA